AUGGAUCACGAGCCCGGAGAAGUAGUAAAAAGCUUCCCGGCAACAGCAGCCAUUUAUGCCAAAGCAGUUGAAAGUUUAAAAGCGCGAUUUGUUAGAGAUGAACUAUUAGUAGAGGUUUAUGUUCGGGAAUUAUUAAAGCUGAUAAUUUCGGUUCAGAAACAUGAUAAAAUUUCGAUGACAUCCCUGUAUGAUAAACUCGAAUCCUAUCUGAGAGCCUUAGAGACUUUAGGAGUGACUACUGAUAAAUGCACUUCAAUUCUUUACCCCAUGGUGGAGUCUUGUUUUCAAGAGGGCUUUUUGAAAGCAUGGAAUAGAAGUACUUCUUCAGUAGCCUCAACUGAUGCUAAAGAACGUUUAACCAAUUUAAUGACUUUUCUUAAAGAAGAAACGGUGGGCGAAGAAAGAAUUAAUUUGGCUAUGACUAGUUUUAGCUUGGGUGCAAAUGAAAAUCGCCAAUCAUUUAAGACAAAAGUAAGAGAUUUUCCAAUGAAAGAUGUACCUACAGCUGCCAAUUUAUUAACUACAGCUUCAAAAGAAGUGAAGAAAGAAUGUGUUUUCUGUACUGGGAAACACUCGAGCCCAGACUGUUUUCAAGCUCAGAAGAUGAGUUUGGCUGACAGGCAUAACAUUUUAAGAGAGAAGCAAUGUUGUUUUGCUUGCUUAACACCAAAGCAUACAUCUCGUUUUUGUAAGGUAUUUUUAAGAUGUGUAAUAUGUGUGGAAAAGCAUGUCCCACUUAUAUGUGAGUCUCUAGAAGCUAAGAAUCAAGAUUCAUACAGAAGUGAGAAUAAGAGUCCAAAUGUUGAAGUUAAUAUAGCCAACAACAUUUCCAGUCCCAGGGUGUUCCUCCAAACGUUGAAAUUAAAAAUGGCGUGUGGUAACAAAGAAAUCCCAGUUAGGGCAAUUCUAGAUUCUGGGUCACAAAAGAUUUAUUUAUUAAAAAGAAUGUAG